GGCGGCGGAGGAAGCAAGGCAACGAUAUUGGUUCCUGUCAUUUUACUGCUUCUCGUACUGGCUAUUGUCGGUGCCGUCCUCAUCACUGGCUCCUCGGUUGAUGACACCGCACAGAAGUCCUCCGAAGGCGCAGACCCAGGUGAUCCUUCAAGUCAAUCUGGUAGCGGGGAGGGAGGGAACGAAUCCCCUCCCCCGUCCUCGACCAAAACUCGAUUCGCAGGCGCGAACAAAGUACUUUUUUGCUUCCUUAGCGCUGAUGAUGGUGGUGGUUACGAUUAUGCGUUACCCGCCGACGAUGUUUGCACCCACGUGAUUGUUGGCGGCAACACGCUCUCACAAGCCGCAAAGAAUUGGCAGCACGAUGACAGAGCCUACAAGAAAUUGGUGGCGUCACUUCACAAUGGCGAAUACAAGAAAACAGAAGCAGGACUCUCAGUGGAUUUUAGGCAGAUUGUUGAUACAAAGUUGACUGAUGAAUCUCUACAAGCCGAAUAUGAUAAAAACAUUGUACACUAUGGCCUUCAUUACAUGAAAUCUGUGAAUUCUUUGACGGAUUUCAAACAAAAAGCCGUAAACUAUAUGAAGUCUGUUCGCGAGUUUCACAAGAAGGUCAAUCCAGAACGAACGGCAAAAGAGGCAUUAAAUCCCUUGUACGGAUUCGUCAGCCUGCAAAUGCGACCCUACGACCCUUCCAAGCCGCAGGAGACGUUUGAACUGGCGCAAGGUGUAGAGGAUGCUCUGGGCUACCCGCUGCUGUUUAUCAUGCACACAAACGCUGAAAGGCCGUUCGACAAUAGUGCCUUGUGCAUACUGGGAGGUACCCCUUUGGCUGUCCCUGCAGCAUGCAAGAUGCCUUCAUUGACCGACUACCUGAAAUUAUUAAAGACUUUCAAGUUCAAGCUUGAAUCCAAGACUGCCGCAACGUUUGACGUGGCGUUAAUGUCGUUCGGCGUGCAAGAAGAUAUCCAAGCGGAUUCCAAGCUUACUUCACUAAACAGGACUGCUGAUGAGGGACGCAUCGUUUCUCGGACUUUCUUGUGUGACGCGAGCAGCUAUCCGACUCACCUUCCGGUGGACGAUGUUCUGAAAGUGGAAGCCCGGGCGAAUAAAAAGGAAGUGCUUGUAUACGACAGUGAGUCCACCUGGAAGACCAAGUUGGAGAAAUUCAACCAACAGUCCACCGGACCGCAUCUGGGCCACGCCGUGUUCAACUUAGAGUAUGCCGACGAGGAUUGCAACGGCGAGCGAACCCACCCGCAAAUGAAAAAAUUCCAAGAACUCUCUGGAAUACGAAGGAAAUAAAAGCCCUCUUU